AUGAAGACAGAGGGAACGAGAGAGAGAGAGAGAGAGAGAGAGAGAGAGAGUGUGUGUGUGUAGUGUAGCGCGUCUGUCUGGCAGCGGAUCAUUACUGAUACUCAAAUGGAUGGAAAGGGAGGUUCUUCUUCUGUCUGCCUGAAACCUUAAAGCUCUCUUUCUCUUUUUUUCGAGGACGAGGGAUGCUUUUUAAACAAUAAUAAUUAUUUAGGAUCAUAACGAGUCGUAGGGUUCUGGUCCUGUGCUUCUAAACAUCUGCGAUGAGCAACGUCGGCCGUCAAUCGGAGCGUCAGUUGUAACGAGUGGAGGGUCCUGUCUUCGGGGCUGUGGAUGUAAUGUUUAUCUCCCGCGUUUGAUGUUUGUUUCUUGGUGUGUUUGCUGGUGAACAGGGGACGCCGCCCUGCCAUUAGCAUGAUGACAACUCAAAAGACGCUUCUUUGGCGUUUUCUUGUGCUGCUCGUAUUUGCUGUGCGGGAAUGCAGAUCGGUGUGCGUGGACGCAACCUCAGACACAGAGGCAGUGUUGGGGAAACGCAUUAAGCUCACUUGCAUCUCUUGUAUGAAGAGAGAGGAGAUCGCUGCUCUGACUAAGGUGUACUGGUAUUACAAACCUGACCGGGAUGCAGUCCGCCAGGAGAUCUACCUAUAUGAUGGUGCGCCACAGGAACAGGAGGGGCCAUGGAAGGGUCGUCUGGCAUGGAACGGUAGCAAAGACCUUCAGGAUGUCUCCAUCAGCAUUACCAAUGUCACGCUAAAUGAUACCGGCUUGUAUGAGUGUGUGGUGCAUCGCCAGUUUUCCUUCAACUCAUACACGCCUUCGUUUGAGAAAACUAUUGAAAUUGAGCUGGUGGUACGGGAGCAAGCAAGUGAAGAUCCCACUGCACUGUAUUCAGAGAUUAUGAUGUACGUUUUGCUGGUGUUCCUCACCUUAUGGCUGCUGGUUGAGAUGAUCUACUGCUACAGAAAGAUCUCCAAAUCAGAUGAGCAAGCACAGGACAGUGCGACAGACUACCUAGCCAUUCCUUCUGAAAAUAAAGAGAACCCGCCGGGUCCUGCAGUAACGGAAUAAAAGUGGUUGUCUCACACACAAUACGGUUCUGACGAUUCCUCCUGGCUUAAAAAGAGGCUGAUCUUUUGCAGAGACACCGCCAGCGUGCGAUAAGCACUGACCCAACCUAGGAACCUGACCAAACACAAUCCCUGCCAUUUUGCUCACAUAACGAGAAAUGAAAUUCUUCACUGCUUAAUUGUCUUUCUCACAGCGAAGGUGACAAUUACACUAGAGAGCAAAACAAAAGAGCAAAAAAAAUGUUUUUUUUUUUUGCCUUAGAGAAGAUUCAAUAUUCUGAACAGCAAUCAGAAAAUAUAAAGCUAGCACACUGCCUAAUCACAAAAAUCGUAUUUGCUUGAUGUUCAGCAUACUCAGCAAAUUUAUAAUGUCACAAUCUUGUUCUUACUGAUUUUGAUAGAACAAAAUAGAUUUUUUCAAAAAUGUGCAUCAAUGUUUAAACCAUUCUUUAAAAAAAAAAAAGAAAUAAAUAACAAAAAUGAUUGCAUUUCAUACCAGCUUGCAGGGUUGCUUUAGAGCAGGCUCUUUUUGCUGUUCAUAUCUGAGCCUCUGAGAGUGUAUGAGAUAAUCAGUGUAGUCAGCUUAGUUUAUACAAUAGCUUAGACGUAACAUAAUGCUCAUGUGUGUGAUAACAAGUUACCUGUGUUUACACCCUACACGCCGAUCAUGGCUUUUCAGGACAUGAGAUUUUAAAGAUGAGACUGUGUAAAUGUAAUAUAAAGUAUGUGACAAAAAUGCAUAUGUCCCUUUAGAGCCUUUAUAUCAACAGAGGUCAUGUUUACUGGUAAUGUUUAAAAGUCACGUUGGCUAAUUAUUGCUCAGUAACAUAAUGUAUUGACUCUGGGAACCUUUAUUCUGUAAUCACUACUAACCUUACACUUACUGUGGACAAGUUGUUUAUUGUUCUGUGUUUUUAGAUUAUAAAGGAAAAGAAAUUCCACUCAUAUGUUUACAAGAGGAUUCCAAGUAAACUAUUAACAAACUCUCCAUAUAUGAAUGCCAAUCAGUAUGACUGUGUGGACAUAAUUAGCUAGCGAAUGCAUCAUUGGUUCCUAUAGACUACUUCUGGAAAUUAUGGCGAUGUAAAAAAAUGACUGUGUAUCUGCACUUUAACCCUUCAGAAACUGCUGAUAAUGCCUUUAGACGUUGUUUAAUAUAUAUAUUAAUACACUGUCAGGAUAAGAGGACACACCAUGACACGUUUUCUUGACCUGUCCAGAAGGAUCUGUAUUUCUCUUGUGAAAGCUUGCCAUCUAUAAUUAAAGCAAAGCUGUGUAUUCUGACA